AUGCGAAAUUUAUCCAGAAUACCCUGCCAAGAAUCCCUGGGAGGAUUACCAGUAGAGAUAGGAAUACCCAGAAAAGCUUUAUUGCAGGCAUUGCAGAUUGUGGAGUUGCAAGUAAAUAUGGAUUGCGGUGGCUGUGAAAGAAAAAUUCGCAAGGCUCUCUCUCAACUCCAAGGUGUAGACAACGUGGAGAUCGACAUGUCAAAGCAGAAAGUUACAGUGACUGGUUAUAUCGAUCGUAAAAAGGUUAUAAAGGCUGUGAGAGGAUGUGGGAAAAAGGCAGAGGUGUGGCCUUAUCCUUAUGAUGUCCAGUUUACUUCUUAUACUGAGCGUUAUUAUGAAAGACAAACGUUUGAUUCCACUUACAAUUACCGUAAGCAUGGAUACAAUGGCAGCAGCCAUGGCUAUUAUCAAAGUCCUCCCUACUCUACAGUUGUAGACGAUAACUUGACAGAUUUAUUCAGUGAUGAAAACCCCCAUUCGUGCAGAAUAAUGUAA